CCCUCCUCUUUCCCAGCCUGCUCGCCCUCCCCUCGCCGUGCAGCAGGCAUGAUGGCGGAACUACCGUAGUAGACUUCGGGACGAGCAGGAAAAAGUGCAGCACACGCCCUCGUUUAUCUAUUGUAAAUAGUUAUUUAUUUAUUUAGAGACACUUUUUUAAAUCCCCCCUUUACACUCCAACGCCAUGACACGUUGGGUUCCCACAAAGAAAGAGAAGUACGGCGUGGCAAUCUACAAUUAUGAUCCCAGUGGCGAGCUGGAGCUGUGCUUGCAGGUGGGGGACACGGUACACAUCCUGGAGAAACUGGAAGGGUGGUAUCGAGGCUACACGCUACGGCAGAAAUCACAUAAGGGCAUUUUUCCAGCUUCCUACAUCCAUUUAAAGGAAGCUUCAGUGGAGGGAAUAGGCCAGCAGGAAAUAAUUAUUCCAGCAGAUUUACCACUGGUGCAGGAGCUCGGAGCCACUCUGAGGGAAUGGGCGCAGAUAUGGCACAAGCUCUUUGUGGCAAACAAAGGCACCCUGUUCCGGACUGUUCAGCAGAUGGCCUACAGUCUCAUUGAAUAUCGAUCACAGAUAGUGUCAGGAACACUACCCAAGGAUGACCUUGUAGAGCUCAAAAAGAAAGUCACUGCCAAGAUAGAUUACGGAAACAGAAUUCUGGGCUUGGACUUGGUUGUGCGAGAUGAUGCAGGAAACACACUUGAUCCCGACUCCACAAGCACUGUCAGUCUCUUUCGUGCCCAUGAGACUGCAUCCCGCAGUGUUGAUGACAGGAUACAAGAAGAGAAGACACGGCUGCAAAAUCUUGAAAUGAGGCGCCAGGCUCUGUUCAAUACGGUGCACACCUACAGUCUUCUCAUGAACCUGAAAAACUUUGUAUGCAACAUCGGAGAAGAUGCUGAGCUGCUCAUGUCUCUUUAUGACCCAGAUCAGUCAGAAUUCAUCAGUGAGAACUUCCUGGUGCGGUGGGACAGUAUGGGGAUGCCGAAAGAAAUUGAGAAACUCAACAACCUGCCAGCAUUAUUCACAGACCUUAGCAGAAGUGACCUGAUGAGGCAGCGUCUUUUCCUGGUGUGUCAGAUCAUCAGAGUAGGAAGCAUGGAGCUGAAAGAGGGAAAAAAACAAACUGGCGGACUGAGGAGACCCUUUGGUGUGGCUGUGAUGGACAUAACAGACAUUGCUCAUGGCAAAACAGACGACGAGGACAAACAGCAUUUCAUCCCUUUUCAGCAGAUAGCAAUGGAGACUUACAUCCGUCAGAGGCAGCUCAUCAUGUCGCCACUCAUCCCAUCUCGAGUCAUUGGAGAGAAUGAGCCACUCACUGCUGUUUUCAACAAAGUCAUUGCCACGAGGGAGGUCAAUCACAAGGGCCAGGGAUUGUUUGUGACCCUGAAGCUGCUCCCAGGAGAUCUAGCACAGGUCAGGAAGGACUACCCUCACUUUGUGGACCGUAGCACAGCCAUCGUGAGGAAAAUGGGCUUUCCAGAAAUUAUCCUCCCAGGAAACGUGAGAAAUGAUAUUUACGUAACCUUGCUGCAGGGAGAGUUCGACCGUGGUAAAAAGAAGACACCCAAGAACGUCGAGGUCAUAUUGAGUGUGCACGAUGAUGAAGGCAAUGCCAUGGAGAAAGCGAUAUUUCCUGGGGCUGGUUACGAUGGUAUCACAGAGUACAAGUCUGUCAUUUACUACCAAGUGAAGCAGCCUUGUUGGAAUGAAACAGUGAAGGUGACAAUUCCCAUUGAAGACGUGUGCCGCUGUCACCUCAGGGUGAUGUUUCGACAUAGAUCAUCCCAGGACUCUCGGGACAAGUCAGAAAAACCCUUUGGUAUGGCUUUUGUCCGACUUAUGAGAGAAGACGGGACAACACUCAGGGAUGGAAGGCAUGAACCUAUUGUCUACAAGGUCGAUGUGAAAAAGCCAGAAGAUGCGAAAGUGUAUCUGACCUUACCAGGGACCUGGGCUGAAGUAAAAGAAAAGGAGAAACAAACCGGGAAGCAGUUCCACCAUUCAGGAGUGAUCCCCGUCACUAAGGACAGCUUCCAGAUUGCCACGCUUACCUGCUCCACUAAACUCACUCAGAAUGUGGAUCUACUUGGCCUGUUGAACUGGAGAUCUAACCCAAAAGAUCUUGACCAGAGCCUACAGAGGCUGAUGGAGGUCGAAGGGGGAGAGAUAGUCAAAUUUCUCCAGGAUACGCUUGAUGCUCUGUUCAACAUCAUGAUGGACACAUCAGAAAAAGAUACCUAUGACACACUGGUGUUUAAUGCUUUGGUUUUUAUCAUCACACUUAUUGGUGACAUCAAAUUCCAGCACUUUAACCCUGUCCUUGAAACCUACAUUAACAAGCAUUUCAGUGCCACUUUGGCUUACAUGAAGCUAACCAGGGUGCUGAACUACUAUGUGGGCAAUGCAGAGGAGCCUUCCCUUACUGAGAAUCUCUAUGCAGCACUGAAGGCUCUCAAAUAUUUGUUCAGGUUUAUUGUCCAGUCUCGGAUCCUCUACCUAAGGUUCUAUGGAAACAGUGAAGAUGGGGAUGCUUUCUUCAACUCAAUUCGCUCUCUGUUCCUCUCAUUCAACACUCUCAUGGACAGACCCCUUGACGAGGGAGUCAAAAUUAAGGGAGCAAUAUUGAAAUACCUCCCCAGCAUCAUUAAUGACAUCCAGUCUGUGUUUGAUCCAGUGGAACUAAGCGUUCUGCUUGCAAAGUUUAUUGAGAGCAUUCCUGACUCUCAGCUUGUGCGUCAGAAGCUCGGCUGUAUGUGCAAAAUGGUGGAGAGUGACCUUUUCUUGCAGCCAGAUUGUCGAGACGUGCUUCUGCCACUUGUCACUGAUCAGCUGAGUGGGCAGCUGGAUGACCAUUCCAGUAAACCCGACCAUGAGGCCUGUGUCCAACUGCUUAGUACAGUGUUGGACAUUCUGGACCGCAAAGAUGUGGGUCCGACUAGAGGGCAUGUUCAGCUGAUAAUGGAGCGGCUGCUUCGAAGGGUCAAUCGAACUGUCAUCAGCAUGGACAGGUCCUCUCCACUCAUUGGCCACUAUUUAGCCUGCAUGACGGCCAUCCUGAAGCAAAUGGAUGACAUGCAUUAUGCACACUAUAUCAGCACUUUUAAGACGAGGCAGGACAUCAUCGACUUCCUCAUGGAGACAUUCAUCAUGUUUAAGGACCUCAUGGGGAAAGUCUUUCCUGCUGACUGGAUGAUCAUGAACAUGGUGCAGAUGCAGGUCUUCCUGAGGGCCAUCAACCAGUACUCAGAUGUCCUCAACAUGUAUUUUUUAGACCAAGCUCAUUUCCAACUCCAGCUGUGGAAUAACUACUUCCAUUUGACGGUGGCAUUCCUCACUCAUAAGACACUACAACUGGAAUCUUUCUCCCAAGAGAAACGCAACAAGAUGUUGAACAAAUAUGGUGACAUGAGGAAAGCGGUUGGUUUCAAGAUCAGAGAUAUGUGGCACAAUCUCGGCCCCCAUAAAAUGAAGUUCAUCCCAGCAAUGGUCGGACCCAUUUUGGAGGUCACUCUGGUGCCUGAGCCUGAGCUGAGGAAGGCCACCAUUCCCAUCUUUUUCGAUAUGAUGCAGUGUGAGCACAAUUUCAGCCCGGGGCGCACAUUUGAAACGUUUGAAAAUGAACUGAUCACAAAACUGGAUCAAGAGGUUGAAGGAGGACGAGGAGAUGAACAGUACAAAGUCCUGCUGGAAAAAACGUUACUGGAACACUGCAGACGCCACAGAUAUCUGUCACAGUCAGGUGAAGAGUUGGCGCUGCUGCUGAGCAGCCUGCUAGAGAAUCUCCUGGCAUACCGCACCAUCACACAUGAUGAAAGUCCUGAGCAUCGGAUGAGCUGCACUGUCAAUGUGCUGAAUUUCUACAAGGAAAAGAAGAGGGAGGACAUUUAUAUCCGGUACUUGUACAAGCUGCGGGACUUACACCUGGACUGUGAGAACUACACAGAGGCUGCCUAUACUCUGCUGCUACAUGCUGAAUUACUUGAGUGGUCAGACAAAACCUGCGCACCUCAUCUGAUCCCUCGAGAUGGGAAGCAUGUGUGGACGCAACAAGAACUUAAAGAAAGGCUCUUCCAGGAGAUCAUAUGUUACUUGGACAAAGGCAAGAUGUGGGAGAAAGCCAUUGAGCUCGGCAAGCAGCUGGCCAAAAUGCACGAGAGCCACAUGUUUGACUUCAUGGAGCUCAGCCAGCUGCUGAAAAAACAAGCAGAGUUCUAUGAAAAAAUAAUGAAUGCCAUGCGACCACAGCCAGAAUACUUUGCUGUUGGCUAUUACGGUCUUGGAUUCCCUUCUUUCCUCAGGAAUAAGAUGUUCAUAUACAGAGGAAAAGAGUACGAGUGGCUUGAAGACUUUAGUUUAAAGUUGCUCUCUCAGUUCCCAAAUGCUGUCCGGAUGACCAGCACAGCACCUCCUGGAGACAACAUUAGCAACUCCCCUGCACAGUACAUCCAGUGCUUUACCGUCAAGCCAGUGCUUGUUGUUCCACACCAGUUUAAGGACAAGGGGGUUCCAGAGCAAAUACUAAACUAUUACCGAACCAAUGAAGUUGACCAGUUUCAGUACUCUCGGCCCUUCAGGAAAGGGGAAAAGGAUCCAGACAAUGAGUUUGCAACCAUGUGGAUUGAGAGAACCACUUAUUUUACCGCCUAUCGAUUCCCUGGAAUUUUGAAAUGGUUUGAAGUCAAAUCUGUCUCAGUGGAGGAGAUCAGUCCAUUGGAGAAUGCCAUCGAGACCAUGGAGAUGGCCAACGAAAAGCUGAGUAACCUUGUGCAGCAGCAAGCCUGUGAUCGCUCUUUGUCCAUCAACCCACUGUCCAUGAUGCUCAGUGGCAUCGUUGAUCCUGCUGUCAUGGGCGGCUUCUCCAACUAUGAGAAGGCCUUUUUUACUGACACCUACAUCCACGAGCACCCAGAAGACCAGGAGCGUAUCGAGGUCCUUAAGCACCUCAUCGCCCUGCAGAUUCCUCUCUUGGCAGAUGGUAUUCGCAUCCACGGGGAGAAGACGACAGAGCAGCUGAAGCCCUUACACAACCGUCUGGUUACUUGCUUCCAGGACCUUCGGGAGAAAGUGGAGAAGCAUUAUGGCGUCAUAACCUUGCCCUGCUCCCUCACUGAAAGGAAGAAGAGUCGCGUGGGCUCUGUUGUGAUGCCCUACAUCCUGUCCUCCACACUGCGCCGCAUGUCCACCGUCUCAACCCUCUCCAAUGCCUCCUCGGCCCUCUCUAGUGGCUCGGCAUCAUCCGAUGGACCUUCGUGCAUUUCCUCCCAAGAUUCCUUGUUGUCCCGACCCAGCGAUCGCAGAACCUCUGUGCUGUCCCGCUCAGAAGAGGACAACCGGAUUGCGAGGAAAAAUAGGAAAGAGUGGAGCGUGAGCAAGUCUCAGGUGCUGCUGGAGAGACAGUCAGAUGCAGACGAGACCCCUGCUGAGAAGCAGCAACGACCCAAGAGUUUACAGUUAGGAGACAGACGGCUCACUCUCUCCUUAUUCCACGGCGUCUCCUCUCAGCUCAGCCUGUCUAACCCCCUCAGUCCGCUUCCUGCCUCCCCCCACACACCUCAUACUCCACGCAGCUCAAGUUUUUCAUCACUCCUCAGUGACAAUGAUGCCAACACCAUUGACACCCCAGGGACCCCGCCCCCAAUGCCACCAAAGAAACACCCACAUGAGGUUGACAACGCAGGCUUCUCUUCAGAGUUCACUCCUCCGCUACCAAUGAAAGUUGAUAGCAAGCCUCCGCCGCCACCUCCAAAAACACGCAAGUCUAUGUUCCCGUCGUAUGAGCACAGCCCCCAGUAGGGCCGCACAGACUAUAAAGUUUCUUCCCUGUGAGACAGUAGAACACCACGGUGAACAAGAGAUGCAGGAUCAUCUGAGUCACGUAUUUACAGGAAUUAUGUCUGGUUUGUAUGCAGUUCAGAGACAUUUUUCUAUUCCUCAAGGUAUGUGGCAUGAUUUUGGGUAGCCACCAUUUUUUUAUGUACACUGUUUUUUUUCUUUCCUCAGAGAAAAAAAAAAUUGACGCUGCUUAACGGCAUUCGGUAUUUUAACACGAUAAAGCUGUAUUGCAUACUUUAUAUCGAUCAAAAGCAGGGACUACAUUGUACAUGGUUUAACUGCUGAGUGUUGCAGUUAUUGUGUCCAAUGGUGGUGUAGGUAUUAUGAUCUAAUCCUUAAUAUUUCAAAGACACUGGAUGGCAUUAUUACAUGUGCUGCACAUUUUUUUUUGCUUUUUGUUUAUGAUGUGGAUACUGUAACUUGUUGGCCUCCAAAUAGCAUCAUGUUGAUGUGCGUUAGAGGGAAGCUUUUUGCUCAAAGGAAUAGUUUGACAUUCAUAUCAAACACAAGCUCAAACCGCAAACUUCUGCAACUGUAGAGUAAAUAUUGGAUAUAGCCUGGGUCAUUUGGUGUAGCUUAAAAUGUGAGUGAAAACAGGGAGUACCGCCAAACAGAGUAACAAUAAUUAAAUUGAAUUAAAUCAUGUAUCACUACUACUAGUUUUAUUAAUUACUGUUAAGUACAAUUUGGCAUUAAAAUAAUGUCAAAUAGAGGAUGAAACAUUCAUGUCUAGUCAUGUUUCUAUCCUACAAUUGGAACUUUUCAGACUUAUGUGUAUGUUUAAAAUGUUGUAUUCUUGUUCUAAAGAUAAGCUAAAAUUGUAUACUAAUAAUAACAUUUAGAAAUUAAGUUUCAAAAAGUGCUUUUUUUUUAGUCACUAAUUUUACAAUAAGCUUUUUAUGCAAAACUGACUCAACAUGGUCAAAACUACACUUUUAACAGUAGAUUCCAUUUUUAUUGGCUAAUUCCACGAUUCUGUUAAGACAGAAAUCAUAGGGCCCUAAGCUUUAUUCCAUCAUCAGUACUUUAAAUCCCCAAGUGUACCCAGACUUUAGACUGCUCGUGCAUCUUUCAACUUCUGCUUUUCGCUCGCGUCCGCCAUGUUCUCUCCUGUUAUGUGUCUACUUCGCCUGACAACUUUCUCACAGCUCCCAUGUAUAAAUCAAAAGUAUCGAUACCUGUCGAUAAAAUAUUGCAAAUUAUCCAGAUAUUGUCACACUCUCGCAAAAGAAAGACACCAAAUUCUACAUUAUUCAUCCAAUUCUUCCUUACUGCUCAUUGCUAAUAUCCAUUAGUAAAUAAGGGGAUGGAGCCAGCCCUUGACCCCUGAUCUGCUCCGCCUCUCAUUUAAAAAAAAAAAUUAGUCAAUUAAGUUAAAAACGGAGGUAGCAGGCGGGUACUUACCUGAGGGAACACCUCCCCUGCUGCAUUAUGCAAAUGCUUCAGCCCAGCAACCUCCAGUACGGCUCCAGUUUAGCACGCCUGUGGAGCCAUGAUAAUAGAUAACAAAACAAAAUUAACUUUGAACCAGCCACCAGCCGCAAAAGGGGGUAUGGAUCCAAUGUCACUUUACAAAUCCUUCAAGUGAGCAGGAUAGGACCCUUGAAUGUUUUCAUCCCCUUGUUGCAGUUGUCAUGCAAAUCAAAUCAAACAGGCGGAUAUACCAAACAUUAAUUGUGAUACUGUCUGCUAAAAGUGAUCACAUAGAGUAUCAGCAGCACAUAUUAAUAUCAAACUAUUCCUUUGAAGAAUCCUAAACACUGUAUGGUACAAGCAUGAAUGCGUUUUGAAGUUUAGUAUGUUUUCAUGAGUCUAUCAAUUUCCUUUUUAUUCACUUCAUUCCUGAAAUUUAAAUUAUUGCUCAUCUUUUUUUUCAGUAUUGUUAUUGUUUUUCACAACAGCAGUGAGUCAGAUUGCCAAAAAAAAAAGUAUAGCGUGACCUCUUGAACACAUUUACCAAGCAUCAAAUGGAUUUCAAUUAAGUUGUCAGUAUUUUCAUUGAAUUUGUAGCCUUUAAAUUGCUUUACAAGGGAUUUACAUUUUCUACUGCACACACCGAUCAAUAAAUGUUUGAACAAA